AUGGCCUCCAGUCGGGCGCCCCCAGAGACGGCCUCCAGCCCGGCGCCCCCAGAGACGGCCUCCAGCCCGGCGCCCCCAGAGACGGCCUCCAGCCCGGCGCCCCCAGAGACGGCCUCCAGCCCGGCGCCCCGAGAGACGGCCUCCAGCCCGGCGCCCCCAGAGACGGCCUCCAGCCCGGCGCCCCCAGAGACGGCCUCCAGCCCGGCGCCCCGAGAGACGGCCUCCAGCCCGGCGCCCCCAGAGACGGCCUCCAGCCCGGCGCCCCCAGAGACGGCCUCCAGCCCGGCGCCCCCAGAGACGGCCUCCAGCCCGGCGCCCCCAGAGACGGCCUCCAGCCCGGCGCCCCCAGAGACGGCCUCCAGCCCGGCGCCCCCAGAGACGGCCUCCAGCCCGGCGCCCCCAGAGACGCCCCAGCCCGGCACCCCCAGACGGCCUCCAGCCCGGCGCCCCCAGAGACGGCCUCCAGCCCGGCGCCCCCAGAGACGGCCUCCAGCCCGGCGCCCCCAGAGACGGCCUCCAGCCCGGCGCCCCCAGUGA